AGCCCAGCUCUCAGUCGAGCUCGGAACGCGGAGUGAAGCGCAUUGAACCUGCCACAGAGACUUGCAACGAAGAGGAGACCCCCCUGGGAAGAUAAUCAAAGAGAGAACAAGGGACAUCGACACCCACCUUAUCCUUAAAGCCCCAUGUCGAACCUGCGGCUUUAUAUCGGCCUGAUCCUGGCCCUGGCGAUCAGCCUGGAACCGGCCUUUGGAGCACCCGUCAUCAGCCAGAUCAGCAAAGAUGUGGUGGCCAGCGUCGGCGACAGUGUGGAGUUCAACUGCACCGUGGAGCAGGUUGGCCAGCUCGCGGUCAGCUGGUACAAGCUCCCAUCCGGACAAAGGGGUCAAGAGCCCAUGGCGCUCUCCCUGCGAAACAUACUGAGUCUUCCGGAUAAUCGAUACAAUCUCACGGUGAUCGAAGGCCCGACUUCCGGAAGUGCCACCUACUCGUUCCGCAUCCAGAAGAUAGAGGCGAACGACGCGGGACCGUACGAGUGCCAGGUGCUUGUGUCGGUCAACGAGAAGGUGACCAAGAAGCUGAACCUGCAGAUUAAGACUCCACCCGUCAUAGCGGAGACCACCCCGAAGAGCACCCUGGUCACGGAGGGUCAGAAUCUGGAGCUGACCUGUCAUGCCAAUGGCUUCCCCAAGCCCACCAUCUCCUGGGCCCGCGAGCACAACGGUGUGAUGCCGGCUGGGGGACAUGUCUUGUCGGAGCCGACGCUCCGGAUCAAGUCGGUGCAUCGCUUGGACCGUGGCGGAUACUACUGCAUUGCUGAGAACGGAGAGGGCCAGCCGGACAAGAGGUUGGUCCGUGUGGAGGUGGAGUUCCGUCCGCAGAUCGGCGUGCAGAGACCCAAGGUGGCGCAGAUGCUGUCCCACUCCGUGGAACUGGAGUGCUCCGUGCAGGGCUAUCCGGCUCCGAUUGUCGUGUGGCAUCGCAACGGAGUCCAAAUCCAAUCCAGCCGGCAGCACGAGGUCGCCAACACUGCCUCCACUUCGGAGACCACCACCUCGGUGCUGCGGAUCGCCAGCGUGUCGGAGGAAGACUUUGGGGACUAUUACUGCAACGCCACCAAUAAAUUGGGCCACGCCGAUGCUCGGCUGCAUCUCUACCAGACCGUCAUCCCCGUGCCAUCACUUUCGUAGUUAAGAUUCGCCAAUUCAGUUCCCAUUCCCAUAUCCAUCCCCAUUCCCAUUCCCACGAAAUAAGACUUGAACUCUUACUUUAGCAUCUCGUUUCGCUUUUUCGGCAAUUACCCGGCCCGGAUGCGGCCAGUGUUUAUAUUAUUAAUGAUUCAUUCAAUUAGCUCCCAUUCAGACUCUCUUAUUUUCGGAGACACUCGAGAUCGAGCGACUGCUUGUGCCUUAAGAAUUUUGCUCUGCAUCCGUCGGACUAUGUACAACACUGAUUUUAUACGCCUAAGUAAAUAAUGUUCUCUGAUAAAGUA